AUGAGAGAUGGCGAAGAGGAGGCAUCUAUGGCGGGAAGCGAGGACGAUCUCACCCAACGGCGCAUCUUCGUCAACCUUCCCCUUCCUGCCGACCUGCUCGACGAAGAUGGAGCCCCUCUACAGCAGUUCUCAAGGAACAAGAUUCGCACAGCAAAAUACACGCCCUUAAUAUUCGUGCCGAAGAACUUAUGGCUUCAGUUUCACAACAUCGCAAAUAUCUACUUCCUUUUCGUCACCAUCCUGGCGAUUUUCCCCAUCUUUGGUGCUUCGAACCCCGAGAUCGGAUCCCUACCAUUGAUUGUCAUUCUUUUGAUCACCGCGAUCAAGGACGCGAUCGAAGACUACCGGCGAACGGUCCUGGACAAUGAGCUCAACAAUACCCCUGUACACCUCCUGGUCGACUGGCACAACCCGAACGUUACGGACGAGAACAUCUCGUACUGGCGACAGAUCAAGAAGGCGACUUCGCGGGGACUACAAUUUCUCGUUCGCAAGUACAAGCAUCAGAAGCUGAAGAAGAAGGCGAAAUCGAACCCCGAGUUGAUGACCCUGCAAAGGACGCAGACCAGGGCUUCCGUGUAUACGGUUGCUUCGGAAUCCAUUCAGAUGACACCUGUGUCCUCGCCGACACCCGACAAGCAAAGGUUCUCAUUUACUCCAUCGGACAAUGGCAUGGUCGACUCGGCACUCCCGAGACCAACGCACCUGGCAGUACCUUCACCGAAUGCGGCCCCCGAUCGACACACGAAGCCCGGCGGACGGGACUUUGGUAACCUGGUGGAUCCUCAUCGCGAGACCGCGGAAACUGCGCGGUUUAAGGUUGGAUACUGGAAAGACGUCCGCGUGGGAGAUUUUGUUCGUAUCUACAACGAUGAGGAGAUUCCCGCCGACUUCAUCAUUCUCUCCACUUCCGACAGCGACGGUGCUUGCUAUGUGGAGACUAAGAACCUCGAUGGAGAGACAAACUUGAAGGUUCGGCACGCUCUUCGUGCCGGUAGGAAGGUUCGUCAUGCCCGCGACUGUGAGGCUGCCGCCUUUGUGCUCGAGAGCGAGGACCCACAUGCGAAUCUCUACUCGUACAGUGGAGUGGUCAAAUGGAACCAGAGGGAUCCCCUCGAUCCCUCAAAACCCGAGGUGGAAAUGGCGGAGGCAGUUUCCAUCAACAACCUGCUUCUCCGUGGUUGCACACUCCGGAAUACCGACUGGGCGAUUGGAAUCGUGGCAUUCACAGGUGACGAAACUAAGAUUAUGAUGAACGCGGGAAUUACACCUUCCAAGCGUAGUCGUAUUUCCAGAGAACUCAAUUGGAACGUCAUCUUGAAUUUCGGAAUCCUGCUCAUUAUGUGUGUUCUGUCCGGUAUCGUACAAGGAGUCACGUGGGCGAAGGGAAACGAAUCGCUCAAUUACUUCGAAUUCGGCUCCAUCGGCGGUUCACCUCCGGUUGACGGUAUCGUUACCUUCUGGACUGCGGUCAUUCUCUUCCAAAACUUGGUACCCAUCUCGUUGUACAUCAGUAUUGAGAUCAUCAAGCUGGCGCAGGCAUUCUUCAUAUACAGCGAUGUGAACAUGUAUUACGAUAAACUCGACUAUCCGUGCACACCGAAAUCCUGGAACAUUUCCGACGACCUUGGCCAAAUCGAGUACAUCUUUUCCGAUAAGACCGGUACUUUGACACAGAACGUCAUGGAGUUCAAGAAAUGUACCGUCAACGGGGUUCCCUACGGAGAAGCAUACACGGAAGCGCAAGCAGGUAUGCAGAAACGCCAGGGUAUCAACGUGGAGGAGGAGGGUGCGAGGAUGCGCGCCCAAAUCUCGGCGGACCGACUGGAGAUGAUUAAGAAUCUGAAGCAGAUCAGUCACAACCCUUACCUGAACGAGGACAAGAUCACCUUUGUUUCUUCGGAUUAUGUUGCCGAUUUGCGGGGAAGCUCGGGCGAGGAUCAGGCCAAGGCAAACGCGCAUUUCAUGCUUGUCCUGGCUCUGUGUCACACCGUAUUGCCCGACCGUAUCUCCGAGGAUCCGCCAACCGUCGAUUUCAAAGCUCAAUCACCUGAUGAGGCUGCACUAGUGGCUACAGCCCGAGACUGCGGUUACAGUCUGGUAGACAAGUCAACCCAUGGAGUCACCGUCAACGUCCAGGGUGUCGAGAAGUACUUUGAGGUUCUCAGCACUUUGGAAUUCAACUCCGCACGGAAAAGGAUGAGCGCCAUCGUACGUAUGCCUGAAACUGGGAAAAUCUUCAUCUUCUGUAAGGGUGCCGACAGCAUCAUCUACUCCAGACUACGGAAAGGUCAGCAACAGGAACUACGACGUCAAACCGCCGACCAUCUCGAAGUCUUUGCCCGCGAAGGAUUGCGCACACUGUGCAUUGCCCAGAGGGAAUUGACCGAGGAGGAGUACAAAACUUGGAGCAGGGAACACGACAUCGCCGCCUCUGCUAUUCACAACAGAGAAGAGAAGCUGGAGGAGGUCUCGGAUUCCAUUGAAAGGGAACUUACUCUGCUCGGUGGAACUGCUAUUGAGGAUCGUCUGCAAGACGGUGUUCCCGACACGAUUGCCCUUUUGGCCGAAGCUGGUAUCAAGCUGUGGGUUCUUACCGGUGACAAGGUCGAAACUGCCAUCAACAUUGGAUUCUCCUGCAACCUGUUGGACAACGGAAUGGAUUUGAUCAUGUUCAAAGUCGACGAAGACAAACCCGAAACCGCUGCAGCACUACUGGAUAAAUAUCUGCAUGACUAUUUCGAUAUGACGGGUUCGCCGGAAGAGCUGGAGGCUGCCAAGAAAGACCACAACCCACCCCCGCCAACUCAUGCUCUGGUUAUCGACGGUGACGCACUUAAGCUUGUGCUUGAGGAAGAACUGAAGAUGAAAUUCCUCUUGCUUUGCAAACAAUGCAAGGCGGUGCUGUGUUGUCGUGUCAGUCCCAGUCAGAAGGCGGCUGUCUGUCAGAUGGUCAAGAAGGGAUUGGAUGUUAUGACCUUGUCGAUUGGCGAUGGUGCGAAUGACGUUGCUAUGAUCCAAGAGGCGGAUGUCGGCGUUGGUAUUGCCGGUGAAGAGGGCAGACAGGCUGUCAUGUGCUCGGAUUAUGCGAUCGGACAGUUCCGCUUCCUCAGCAGACUUGUACUGGUUCACGGACGAUGGUCUUACCGCCGACUUGCCGAGAUGACUGCCAACUUCUUCUACAAGAACAUCGUUUGGACGUUUGCACUUUUCUGGUAUCAGCUCUUCAACAGUUUCGAUGGAUCCUACCUCUUCGAGUACACUUACAUUCUGCUGUACAAUCUUGCGUUCACCUCGGUCCCAGUUAUCCUUAUGGGUAUCCUCGAUCAGGAUGUGGAUGACAAGGUCUCACUAGCCGUACCGCAACUGUAUCGCCGCGGUAUUCUUCGCCUCGAAUGGACGCAACUCAAGUUCUGGAUCUACAUGGUCGACGGCAUCUACCAAUCGGUCAUUUGCUUCUUUAUGGCAUACCUGGUCUUCCACACGGGUUCAUUUGCUGGUCCCACCGGCCAAGACCUGGGUGGUAGAGAACAGAUGGGUGUCUUUGUUGCCUGCGCUGCCAUCGUUGUGGUCAACUCAUAUGUUCUCAUCAACCAAUACCGAUGGGACUGGCUCUUCGUCUUGGUCAUCUCUAUCAGUACUCUUCUCGUUUUCUUGUGGACUGGCAUUUACUCGCAGUUUAAGUCGGUCGGAUCGUUCUAUUCGGCAGCCGAACAGGUUCUUGGAGCCUUGACGUUCUGGGCCACAACGGUUAUCACUGUCAUCAUUUGUCUGUUGCCACGCAUGGCCUCCAAGAUUGUGCAGAAGCUAUUUUUCCCUCGCGACAUCGACGUUAUCCGCGAGCAAGUCCGAGACGGCAAAUUCGACUACCUGUACAACAAACCAACCGAACCAUCGUUGGUCGCCUCCUCGGUCAGUUCCGAAAUCGUCAAACCACCCGCCCAUACGUUCGAACAAGAUGACGAGCUGCGACCAAUCUAUCCCCCCAGUGUCGCGCCCACCGCAACCACUGCGGGCAAGCGAGGCAGCGGAAACGGUAGUAAUGGUUCCGAUGGUUCAGGCUUCCCCGGUGGAGAAGGCACGUUCACACCGCGCCGGUUCUCACUCGAGAGACACCGACCGAGCAUGGAUAGAGCCAGACCAAGUUUCGAUCGAUUACGUUCUUCGAUGGACGGUCGCCCGCGGGCCAGUUUCGAAGCGACAAACGAUUUUACCUCAGCUGCCAUGUUGGCCCGGAUGGAAAGUUGCGCUUCGGUGCCGAGAAGAACCUCGGUGGCCCUUGAAGUGCCGCGAUAA